CGUUUACAAUGUGGAGACAAUUGUUUUGUUUAAUGGUAACCGUCACGGUGGCCGCCGCGGCGUCACCCGAAAACACAAAAGCCCGUUUACCCUCAGAAGACACAACGGUACAGGGCGGCAAUUUGUUCCGAACUAAAAUGGCGUCGUUGGCCGAAAAGUACAAGCCCGCGUUACAAUACAUCAGGCAAAUCGUUUCUCGCUUAUUUUCCGGCCAUCGGCCACAGCCAGUGGCACGGUUAAACUCGAACGACACACGAUCCUGUCCACCGUGCAGUUGUGGGCGCAUGGGUCUCGACGACAGGAUAGCCGGAGGAACGCAAGUGGAAUACGCUCAUAAAUAUCCUUGGAUGGGUUUGCUGUUGCUGAAGGGCGACUUUCUUUGCGGCGCUUCGUUAAUCAACGACAAAUACGUACUGACUGCGGCCCAUUGUGUAAGUUCUUCGCGAGCGAGCGAUUACAAAGUACAGCUCUCGGUACACCAUCGCGACACGGACGUCUUCGAGGAAUACAAUGUAAAUGAAAUAAUAAGGCACGAACGAUUCGUCGACGACGGUGGAUUUUCCAACGACAUAGCCCUUUUUCGGUUGGACACCGACGGUGUAAAAACGAUGAACGGAAACGUUCGUCCGGUUUGCAUGCCGGAAAAAGACAACAGUUAUGCCAACUCGGUAGCAGUGUCCGCCGGAUGGGGAGUGAUGGAAUUCGGUGAUCGAUAUUUUCCGGAUGUCUUGCGCGAAGCCCAACUACAAGUGCUCAGCAACGACGAGUGUCGGCCGUAUUUUUACAGAUUGAUAAACCUCACCGAGAGCAUGGUGUGCGCAGGACUGGAGCACCAGGGCAAAACCACAUGCAGAGGCGACAGUGGCGGGCCUUUGACAGUGGCUAACGGUUCAGUUCAUCAUCUUGUCGGUAUCGCCUCUUUCGGUAAAGACGGGUGCCAAAGACCUCCGUCGGUGUACACUAGAGUUUCCGAGUACUUGGAUUGGAUAGAUGCAAACACAAAGGACGCCUGUCCGUGUCCCAAAUAGUUAGACCGACAA